CCAGUUUUGAGGGUUUUUGUUUUUUAUUCUAGCUAAGAUAUUUUACAAACAUUUAUCAUAUUUACAUAUUUUUUUACAAUACAUAAAGAAGAUUUAUUAUUAUUAUUUGAUUGAUUGAUGGGGGGUAAGAAUUCAAGAGAAGAAGGAUCAAGAUAUAGGCAUUCUUCGUCGUUUCAGUCGAAUUCUGGUUAUCCGCAAUUUCAGCCAUCUUAUUCAUUUCCAACAACACAAGCAGAGCAAACAAGUUAUCCUGUUGAGGAGGAGCCAUCGUAUCCUAGUACUUCAUCAUAUGGAACACAACAACAACCACCUUAUCCUUAUAAUAAUAGGCCACAAAAGAAGCUUGACAAAAAAUAUUCAAGGAUUGCAGAUACUUAUACCUCUUUAGAACAGGUGACCGGGGCUCUUGGACGUGCUGGGCUCGAGUCAUCCAACCUCAUUGUUGGUAUCGACUUCACUAAGAGCAAUGAGUGGACAGGUAAAAUGUCUUUCAACAGAAAAAGCUUGCAUCAUAUAGGAGAUGGUUUUAAUCCUUAUGAACAAGCUAUAUCCAUCAUUGGGAAAACGUUAGCCGCUUUUGAUGAGGAUAACUUGAUUCCAUGUUAUGGAUUUGGAGAUGCAUCAACCCAUGAUCAAGAUGUUUUCAGUUUUUAUCCUGAAGAUAGAUUUUGUAAUGGAUUCGAGGAUGUCUUGAGUAGAUACAGAGAAAUUGUCCCUCAUUUAAAGCUUUCAGGACCAACAUCUUUUGCCCCGGUCAUUGAACAAGCUAUGACAAUUGUUGAACAAAGCGCGGGCCAGUAUCACGUUCUACUAAUCAUUGCUGAUGGGCAGGUAACAAGAAGUGUGGAUACCGAGCAUGGUCGAUUGAGUCCACAAGAACAAAGAACAGUUGAUGCCAUAGUUGAAGCAAGCAAGCUUCCACUAUCUAUUGUAUUAGUCGGGGUUGGAGACGGGCCUUGGGACAUGAUGAAGGAAUUUGAUGAUAACAUCCCUGAUCGUGCCUUCGAUAAUUUCCAGUUUGUCAACUUUACAGAAAUCAUGUCGAAGAAUGUGCCUACAAUACGAAAAGAGACAGAAUUUGCUCUUUCGGCAUUGAUGGAAAUCCCUUCUCAGUAUAAAGCAACGAUUGAAUUGAAUUUACUAGGUGGUCGGAAAGGAAUAUCCCCUCAGAGGGUCGCCCUUCCCCCUCCAAUCCGUGGACCAUCCUCCUAUAGCAGCCCAAAACCAUCAUAUUCGACUAGUUUUCAAAAAGGCUCAGAACCUUAUUAUGAUUAUGGCCAUAGCAGUCCUGUUUAUUCUACUCCUUUAUAUGGCCAUAGCAAUCCUGUUCAUUCUACUCCUUUAUAUGGCCAAACUAGUCCGGAUCACACCACACUUUCAAAAUCUACCUAUGACAACCAGCUAUGCCCCAUCUGCCUUACUAACGUAAAGAACAUGGCCUUUGGUUGUGGACAUCAGACAUGUCACGAAUGUGGAGAAACGCUUCAGUUGUGCCCAAUUUGCCGAAGUUUAAUUGAGACUAGGAUAAAGCUAUACUAAAUAUUCAUUCAUUUCUUGUUUCUUUACCGUAUAUAAUAUAUGAUGAUUUGUUGUAGAUAGUUCACAUUCUGUUAUCAUUCUUUGUGUGACAAACAAUAAGUAUUGCAGUUUGGAGAGGGUCAUUUAAAUUUCAUUUCGGGAUCUUAAUAGAAAGUCGAGAAGGGAAAGUAAACGAAGAGUUUUUUUUUUCUUCUUUUGUAAACUUUUUGUUAAUUUGGUAUUGUAAAAAUACUAUUGUUGUGUAAAAUGAAUGAAAAUAUUGUUGGGUGAUUUUGUUUA